AUGCCUCGCGUCUACCCACCCCUCGAGGGUCGCCAACCCACCGUCGCUCUCUCACCCUCCCUAGUCGAGUCCGUGGCAGGCUUCACCGCAGGAGUCGUCAGCACCCUCGCCGUCCACCCUUUCGACGUCGUCAAAACACGCCUACAAAUCGAAUCGCAAAGUCGAACGCGACCCGGCGGAACAUGGCGCGUCAUGCGUCAGAUUGCCCACGAAGCCGUUCAUGGCAUGUCCCCCGAGAAACAGAUCCGGGUGCGAGAAGGUAUGAUGAAGGAGAGCGGGGCGUUGGUGCGGGCGUUUUACCGUGGCUUGAUGCCGAACAUGAUUGGUAAUUCGGUGAGUUGGGCGUUGUAUUUCAUGUGGUACGGGAAUAUCAAGGACUUGGUGCGGGCAGCGCGAGCGGCGGGCGAGCAAGAGGGAGGGAGAGAAACAUUGACGAGCUCGGACUACUUUCUCGCGUCGGGGAUCUCGGGAAUCUUGACGGCGGUCUUUACGAACCCGAUCUGGGUGAUCAAGACGAGGAUGUUGUCGACGGCCAGAAACGCUCCUGGAGCUUAUACGAGCAUUGCGCACGGUACAGCCGCGUUAUAUGAGAGCGAGGGUAUCAAGGGGUUCUAUCGAGGAUUGUUGCCAAGCUUAUUUGGUGUCAGCCAUGGGGCUAUCCAGUUCAUGGCUUACGAACAACUGAAGAAUCAUUGGGCUCUCAGUCGGAAAGGAGGAAGAGAAGGGUUGACGAAUUUGGACUAUCUCACACUCUCUGCCGUCAGCAAGAUGUUCGCUGGAAGCAUCACAUACCCAUACCAAGUCGUGAGGGCGCGACUGCAGACGUACGACGCAAAAGAGCGGUACCGAGGAGCUUGGGAUGUCGUCAAGCAAGUCUUCAGGAACGAAGGUUUUGCUGGUUUCUACAAAGGCUUGGGACCGAACAUUGUGCGUGUUCUGCCCAGCACAUGUGUAACUUUCCUGGUCUACGAAAACAUGAAGUUCUAUCUGCCGAGGAUGUGGCAGGAGGAAGGACCAAUUGAUGGAUGA